AUGGCUCCAAAUAUUCUCGUCUUCGCCGGUGCACCAAUGCCUAGCUCCUUGGACUGGGAAUUUGAUGCUCUUAUUGAGAAUUUCUUGCCCCCAAUCAGUCAAUUUGCCGGGCUAAGCUACGACGCACAUCCUUCGCCACUACCCACAGCAUCUCAUGAACAUGUGCGGUGGCGCUCGUUGAGGGCUGCUUCUGAGCCACUGGUAUACAGUCAGCUCCAGGCUGGUGCUUCACCGGACGAAGACAAAGGAAAUGCUGCCGCUCCUGCAGCUGCGGAUUCGGCUCUUUCGUCAUUUGGCACGGAUCAAAGCUUAUCCUCUGCUCGGCAAGUUGAUACGCAACCCCUCACUACUGAAUUUACAGAUGAUAUUACAUCUCAAUUUUAUGAAGACUCGUUAGCUGUAUAUGAAAACCUCCCAUCCUCUGCAAUACCAGCUCCAGGGCCUGAGGAUGAUAUAUUACGACUAGACGCAGAGGCUGGAACCACUGCGUCCAAUGCCACUUCAUUCUCUACCUCACUUGGGUUCUCAUUCAACUCGCACUCAACAGCGCCAUCUAAUUUGCCGGUGCCGGAUGGAGGACGAAUUAAUGAGUUGGGGUAUAUCCCUAAUUCAAAAUACCUCCACUCAAUUCAACCGCAGACCAUGACAGUCAAUAUCAUCGUUGGGAUUAUAUCAAUAUCGCCGCCUCGGAGCAUACAAACUCGCGGAGGAUCUACCGUCGAGAUUGUAGAAUUGCUUGUCGGAGACGAGACUAGAUCAGGUUUCGGGAUCAACUGUUGGCUUCCACUGAAUGUUGUUUCGAGGCCUACGGGAGGCCAUCCUGAUCUGAGGAGUUCUCUCAGUGGCCUUCGCCCUCAGGAUAUCAUUUUGGUCCGAAAUGUUGCCCUAACGAGCUUUCGUGGUAAAGUCUACGGCCAGAGCCUCAGGCGCGAGGUGACCAAGGUAUAUCUCUUGUUCCGGAAUAGGAUCGACAGAGAGGAUGAGGGUGGCUGCUACAGUGUCCGAGAUUUGAAUACUACUAUCGGCAGCGAUACCCAUCCCCAAGUUGCAAAGACAAUUCGAGUGAGGGAAUGGGUCCUUCGAUUCGUUGGGCAUGGCGCGGGCGCAAUGAGAAGGACCGACGAAGGCAAAGUGGAAGUAGUCGACGAAAAGCUUCCGCCAGACACACAGUGA